AUGAAAGAACCUAGCUCGGAGCUCGAACUAAUUCUAUCCAACACCACUCUGCCCCCUUCGCGCCGCUAUCAGAAAGCCCUCGUAAUCGAAAUGAGGUACCUUUUCCGGCUAGCCGGCCCCACCGUCGUAGUCUAUUUACUAAACUUCGUUACUUCAAUGUCCACUCAAAUAUUCUGCGGCCACCUCGGAAAUAUCGAGCUUGCCGCCGCCUCCCUCGGCACCGAGGGCAUCCAGCAACUUGCCUACGGCCUCAUGUUGGGAAUGGGGAGUGCGGUGGAGACCCUGUGCGGACAGGUGUACGGGGCCCACCAGUACGAGAUGUUGGGGAUAUAUAUGCAGCGAUCGACGGUUCUACUGAUGCUGACUGGGAUUCCACUGACGGCGGUUUACGUCUUCUCGGAGCCCAUCCUGCUCCUCCUCCGGCAGGCGCCGGAGCUGGCGGCGGCGGCGGCGAUGUUCGUGUACGGGCUGAUCCCGCAGAUCUUCGCGUACGCGGCCAACUUCGCGAUGCAGAAGUUCCUGCAGGCGCAGAGCAUCGUGGGCCCGAGCGCGUACAUAUCGGCGGCGGCGCUGGCAGCGCACAUUGUGCUGACGUGGGCGGCGCUUUACGUGUUCCGGUGGGGCCUGCUGGGGGCGGGGCUGGUGCUGAGCCUGUCGUGGUGGGUGAUCGCGGGGGCGCAGUUCGUGUACAUUGUGAGGUCGGAGAGGUGCCGGAGGAUGUGGACCGGGUUCAGCCCGGCCGCGUUUUCCGGGCUGUGGGGGUUUUUCAAGCUGUCGGCCUCGUCCGCGAUCAUGCUCUGCCUUGAGACGUGGUAUUUUCAGGUGAUUGUGCUCAUCGCCGGCUUGCUUCCCGACCCGGAAAUCGCAUUGGCUUCUUUUGCUAUAUGUGGGACGCUUCUUGGAUUGGUCUUCAUGGUGUCAGUUGGAUUCAACGCCGCAGUAUGUGUGAGGGUUAGCAAUGAACUUGGCGCCGGACACCCAAGAUCCGCGGCUUUUAGCGUGGUGGUGGCGACCGGAACCUCACUACUCGUGGCGACGUUAUUUGCCGUCGUCACUAUCUUCCUCCGCCACAAAAUCAGCUACGCGUUCACCUCUGGCGAAGUUGUGUCCAACGCCAUCGUGGACCUUAUACCCUUCCUCGCAGGCGCCAUCGUGCUUGAUGGAAUCCAGCCUGUUUUAUCCGGGGUAGCUGUUGGAUGUGGAUGGCAAGCAUUUGUUGCAUAUGUAAACGUGGGUUGUUACUAUAUUGUCGGUGUCCCUGUCGGAAUAGUUCUUGGCUUCACUUUUAACUUUGGUGUCAAGGGGCUAUGGUCUGGGAUGCUAAUAGGCACGCUCAUGCAGACAUUAAUUUUGAUUUGGGUGACUGCUCGUACCGAUUGGAAUAAGGAGGUGGAAAACGCGAGAGAUCGAAUAGAUAAAUGGAAUAAUAAGCAGGAGAGAUUUUCAAUUGAAUGA